AUGAUGGAGCCGCUAGGGAAUGACUUGACCAAAAUGAGACAACCACAAUCACCGAUACAACCAGCACUAGCGAAGUUGGCAGCAACGUCAGCCCCGCCCACGCGAGCACGAAUAAGACAGCAGAAGCUCAGGUACACAUUCGUCGGAUACAUCAUCGUCUUGAUUUUUCUCGCGAUAACUCAAUUCAUCGGACUAGGCUUCUUCGCCUCGGGGUUCUUACUCUCGCGCAAAGUGCUCCCCGAUAUCGCCACAUGCGACGAUGGCUCGUGCGUCGAGCCGAGGUUCGAGCGAGCUGUCGUGCUAGUGGUGGAUGCGCUACGGUUCGAUUUCGCGAUCCCGGUGCCCGGGUCCGAGAUGAACUACCACAACAAUUUCCCUGUGCUUUACGACUUGGCCCAGGGUGAUAAUGGAGUGCUACUUAAAUUUGUAGCUGAUCCGCCAACGACAACGCUACAGAGGCUCAAGGGGCUAACUACGGGGUCACUACCUACUAUUAUCGACGCAGGCUCGAAUUUCAACGGCGAUGCCAUCGAUGAGGACAAUUGGCUCUUGCAGCUUCAUCGCAAAAACAAGACUAUUGCAUUUGCCGGCGACGACACAUGGACUGCGUUGUUUGAUGAGUAUAUCCACCCGGAUAUGAAUUUUCCUUAUCCGUCGCUAAACGUGUGGGAUUUGCACACGGUCGACAACGGUGUUAUCGAGCAUUUGUACCCGCUGAUAAAGACUCGCGAUUGGGACAUCUUGAUUGGACAUUUCUUGGGGGUGGACCAUGUGGGCCACCGGUAUGGGCCCAAACACUAUUCGAUGAAGGAAAAGUUGAACCAGAUGAAUAGUGUGGUCGAGAAAGUCGUUGAGGAGUUGGAUGAUUCGACUUUGCUUGUGAUUUUGGGAGACCACGGAAUGGACUAUACGGGCAACCAUGGCGGUGACUCGCCCGAUGAAUUGGAGAGCACGUUGUUUAUGUACUCCAAAAGCAAGCUGUUUUUGAAAAAAGAUGAUGAUGCAUAUAAUAUCAGCAACGAGGGCAAGCACUACCGCGCCGUCAACCAGAUCGAUUUGGUGCCCACCAUGUCGUUGCUUCUCGGACUUCCCAUCCCAUUCAAUAAUCUCGGAUUCCCCAUUGACGAAGCGUUUGCCUCGAUGGACUCACUUUUGUCUGCGGGGAACCGCACAAUUGAACAAAUUAAAAGAUUUCGCGACUUGACGCCCAGUUUGGCCAAUACCCUCCAAGGUCUGUACGAUACUUUGGUCGAGAACACUUUACUGGGACUCUACUCCAACGCCGAUUUACUUGAAGAACUCAAGAAAUUCCAAUACGAUUCCUUGGAGCAAUGCAAGACGCUUUGGGCGAGGUUCGAUUUGAGAUUCAUUGGCAUUGGUAUUGGAAUCUUGUUUCUCUCCUUGACGUUUAUGAUCACUUAUGCCAGAUCGAUCCCCGCGGUGAGAGUGCUGACAAUGUCGUUUGAGUUUAUCGGCUCGGUCGUGGCAAUGUCCAUAAUUGGAGUUGUGCUCAGUUUCUCCAUUUACAUUGUGUUGAAACCGGGUGACUUUAAUUUCAAGAUUUGCUUGUUUAUCGGCGCCGCUUUGGGGAUGAUGAUUGGAUUUUGGGCUCCGAUAAUGGACAGAUUCAGCGUGGCCUACAUUUGGCACCUGACGAUUGAUUUUUUCCUUUACAACUUCAACAGCUGGUCCUUCCUUGGCAUUGUGUUUGUUGCGUUCCACUGUCUCGUGUUUGCCUCGAAUUCAUACGUGGUCUGGGAAGACAAGAUGGUGCUGUUGUUUUUGCUUUCCUUUGGUGCCAGUUGCGUUUACGCUAUUGCAAUCAAGCCCAACAUCCCACAAAAAGAACGGGUAUUGGGGAUUAGCCAUGCAUUGACUUUUGUCAUCUUGACUCGACUUUCAUCGAUGAUCAAUGCAUGCCGUGAAGAGCAAAGGCCCUAUUGCAGCACUACGUUCACGACCCUGUGGUGGUCCAUUGCGUUACUUCACACCAUGGCCUACCUCCUUCCCUCGGCAAUCAUUGCAUUUUACAAAUUAUCAGACUCGUAUUACUCGGCUGCACCGUUGUGGAUUGGCACGGGGUUGAAGUUUCUCUUGUUUAUGAAUGCCAUGUACUGGUCGUUGGAGUACAUCCUGCAUAACGAAACGUUUAAAGCCGCCAAUUCAGUCAUUGGCGCCCCCUUGAUCAAGUCGUUGAAGCUCGCCAUUGCAAGAUUGGUCUUGUUUGUUUCGCUAGUGCUCGCCAAUUUUAGUUGGUCGCGCGGGCCGCUAUGCGUCAAGUUGGAGAUUGAGGAAGAUAUAGACGUGGAAGGACUUGACUCUGACGAUUACAAGAAUAGCAAAGCUGCCACCAUUUUGGGGUACGGCAACGUUUACGGAUCCUCGUAUUUCUUGCUCGUGUUGAAUUUCACCGUUGCGGUCAUGUUGACUACAAAGCCACUUGGAGCACUUUCCAUCAGCUUUCUCAUUAUCCAGAUUUUGUCCCUCUUGGAAAUCGUGGGCACUUUGUCAUUAAGGAAAAACUUGAUCUCACCCAUCAUCUUUGGAUUAUUAGGCUACCAACAUUUCUUCAGCACGGGGCAUCAAGCAACAAUCCCAUCGAUCCAAUGGGAGUUGGGAUUCAUGACCACGGAAACUAUCGUGUUUCCCUUGACCCACAUCAACAUUAUUUUGAACACGUUUGGACCCUUUUUCAUUACUGCAUUAUCAAUUCCUUUGUUGAACAUAUGGAGAAUCUCUCCUUCGUCAAAGCCAAUCACCGUGUUAUCGCAAAUAAUCACCAACUUGGCCACUUUUAUAACUUAUUUCUUAUUUACCGGGUUGAGCAGCUUGAUAUUUGCUGCUCAUUUCAGACGACAUUUGAUGGUUUGGAAAAUCUUUGCCCCGAGGUUCAUGUUGAGCGCCAUGCUUAUUGUUGCAAUCAACACUUUUAUUAUUAUCGUGACGCUAUGGGGAACUAGAAAGACACUAGGACAAGUUAAUAGAAUAUUUGGCAAAUAG